GUUCGUUCACCAUGGCCGAUGUCGCCUAUGCCCCGCUUCAAGAGUCGAUCCCCUUCGAGAAGAGGGCUGCCGAGGCCUCCCGGAUCUUGGCCAAGUACCCAGAUCGCGUGCCGGUGAUUUGCGAGAAGUCCCCUUCCACAGAGCUGCCGGAGAUCGAGAA